AUGCGGUUCCGAACGACUAUUGACAAUGUCGCGGGCUUCUACAGGGUGGUUCAGGCAAUCUCUCAGCUCCAGAAGAAAUUUGUAGUCAAGUUCACGGAGACGGAGAUGGGCAUUAUCUGCGCGAGCGAGGUCAAUGAAGGCGGCAUUCAGGUCUGGACAUCAAUCAAAGUAUCUUCACUCUUCAUGGACUACCGUAUACAAUCGAAUGCGAACAAUCAAAUCAGCAUGAGCAUGUCUGCAGAGGCUCUCUUGACGACGCUACGCUCUGCCCAUUUCCAUACGUCCUGUAGACUGGCGAAGAAGAACGACCGCGCAGUCCUCAGCUUUGAAAUCAUAGGCCAGUCUAGGAACAAUCGCAAUAUCCGUGUAACUCAGGACGUCCGAAUCGAGGUGAUGAAGCCCCAGGAUGUCGCUAGAUUGUCUGAGCCUCUGUGCCCCGAACCAGACGUUCACAUCGCCUUUCCGCCUCUCAAUAAAUUGCGGACAGUUAUGGAUCGCCUCAAAACCCAAUCUGAUGUUGUAGGUAUACGGGCCAAUCGGUCAGGCCGGUUAGAGAUCGUGGUGAGGACCGACAACGUCUCGACCGAAGUCUGCUGGCAAGGCCUCCCAAACCCCAACUUUGGUAGAGAACACGGGACGCAAGUUUCGGAGGCUGAAGAGAAAGAUGUGCAGCGAAUGCACGGAGUCUUGAUAUCUGUGAAAAGCUUCAUGAAGUUCCUCCAGAGUCACGUCGUGUGCACCACGACCAUAGCGUGUAUAUGUCAAAGCCACUGCCUGAUCCUCUAUGUCUACGUCGGAGAGGCAACAGACUCUGGGGGCGUCCUCACGUUUUAUAUUCCCGCCAUCAUGGAUGAUGCUCCAUGA